GCGCGGGCACGCGUCCCGCCUGGGCCUGCCCAUUGCCGGCCGCCGGCGCUCCCCUCCCUGUUCUUGCGUGCUCUGACUCUCUCUGAGAAAGAUGCAGUAGAGGGAGAAAGGAAUGGAAGCAAAAACACUGCCGCGAGCGACGCCGGCGGAUGCACCCCCGCCUGCCGGAACAGGGCAGCCUGCGCAGGGGGGCCUCUAUCUACACGUUUGCCUAUGGUCACGCGUGGUUCAUAUCUUAAUCUGCUCUGCUGCAUAAUUUCUGCCGCCCAGAGAAUCUCCCAAAAGAAUCUCUGAAGACUCCGUACAAGUGAAGGGUUGCAGGUUGCAGCUCUGAGAAAGCGAUUCUGAUGCGCCUACCCUUCAAAGUGGUAAGCUUGGCAUCAAUUUCUUUGCAAUAUAUGAACAUUUCAUUUCUCCAGGUUUCUUUAUGGUUCGAGCAACAGUAGCAUUUCUGUACACCAUACUCAAGUGCAGGGGAAUAUAUUCUGUGUCUGGUAGAGUAUCUUUCGAGUUGCUAGCUUCAACAAGUCAUGCAGUCUCUGCAGAUUCCCUGUCAUCUUUUAGUGAAAACGGUAUGGGGAGCUACAAUACAGUGAGAUGUCACUCCAUGAAGUUCCUUCAAAGGAGAUAUCAUUGCCUCUGCAUUUGGAGAUGCCUGGUUCGUCAAAGAUGCUUCAUGAUGCACCGUGUGUAUCCAUCCAACGGUUCUAUUCGCAAAUAAGGAAAAAAAUGUGAUGAAGGUAGGCUUGUGACAGUGUGGCUAUAUAUAACCGGUGGCCUUGCAGUUCCAUGCAUGACUACUCUCCUCUCCAGUGCAGCUUCUCAGCGAAGUUGCCAUGGCUAGGCGUGGUGCUUCCCGGAUCCAGACACCUUGUGAUGCUUGCAAAAGAUACUUGGACCAUUUGGAUGAAAAGAAUAAAAAUGUUAGGUCCUUCCUCAGCCCCAUGACUGCCAGUUCUAAACAUAGCAUGGUCGUGCCAAAGAGAUUUCUGAAGCAUUUUGCUGGAAAGUUGUCAGGAACCAUUAAGUUAGACUCCCCUAAUCGUGGUUCAUAUGAUGUUGAAGUUACAGAGCACUGUAACAAGGUAGUGUUCCGACAUGGGUGGAGGCAAUUUGUUGAGUCCCAUGACAUAAAAGAAAAUGAUUACUUGUUGUUCCGUCACGUUGAGGGAUCUUGUUUCGAGGUUUUGAUCUUUGAUACUGAUGGUUGUGAGAAAAUGUUUUCUUGUGCUGGCAUAAGAAGUGUAGAUUAUGUUAAUAUCUCCAGCGACUGUCAUCAUGAGACCACAGAAUCGUCAGCAAGUGAAAGAUUUGUUAGGUGUCAGAAAGGUAGUUCCUGUCAUCAUGGGAAAAUUGCAAAAAAGGUUGCAGCAUUCUCAUCAUCUGAGUCAGGAGAAGAUAUUCCAUCUGAAAACAAAUCUUCUGAGUCGGAUGAUCUUCAAACACCCCUGAGGCAACACUAUGUUUUGUCACGAAGAAACUACCUAUCUAAAGCACAAGAGGAGAGAGUAAUUGCGCUUAUCCAGGAAAUUCAACCUGAAAGCACUGCUUUUGUAGCAGUCAUGAGGAAGAGCCAUGUUCAACCACCUUGUCCUUAUCUGGUUAUUUCUAAGGGAUAUGCACUUGCACAUUUCCCACAUAAAAGCACGAAUGUGACUCUUCAGACGCCAGGAAAGAGCAAGAAAUGGCACCCCAAAUUCUACAAAAGAAAAGAUGGGCAACUGUACAUGCUUAAGGAACAGUGGAUGGACUUUGUCCGUGACAAUCAUGUGCAGGAGGGAGAUAUCUGCCUGUUUUUACCGACAAUGGCUGGGAGAAGAUCCACAUUUACAGUCUAUUUAAUUCAGGCAACAUCAACUUGUUCUAGGGGUGGAUCUGGUAAGAGGGGAAGCUUAAGCCAUCAAAAGGAAAUAGCAAAGAAGGCUGCAGUAUCCUCACUGUAUGAGGAAUCAGGAGAAGAUAGUCUAUCUGGCUACGAAUCUAUCCAGUCAGAUCAUGUUAAGGCAUUCUCAGAGUGUAAUUAUGUCUUAUCGGCACGGUGCCACCUGACUGUAGAACAAGAGAAGAAAAUAGUUGGUCUUUUCAAGAAAGUUCAACCAGAAAUUCCUUUCCUUGUGAUUCAAAUGAAGAAGAGCAAUGUCAACCAUCUUAGAUCUGAUCUGGUCAUUUGUAAGCGUUAUGCAGCACAACACUUUCCUGAAGAAAGUCAAUCCAUCACACUUGAACGCCAAGGAGGGAAAAAGUGGCGUUCCAAGCUCCAUGUUAGACCUGAUGGAAGUGGAUACUUGCUAACUACGGGAUGGCAAAACUUCGUCCGUGAUAACCAUUUGCAGGAGGAUGAUAUAUGCCUGUUUCAACCUAUGCCAAGUAAAAAAGGUUUCAGGGUGAUGGUCCAUCUGCUUCAUGACCCAAGCACUCGUUCUUCUUCCUCGGGUGGGCAUGCUCAUGGCUUAAACAGCCAUGUAAAAAGACGAGUGACAUCAACUGCGCAUGUUCAUGAGAAAUCAGGCAGUGAGAAUUCUGGAUCGUUGGACCUGCAUAAGUGUCGAUCUGUGCAGCAAGUGCAUCAAGUUUUCAGUGACUGUGAGGUGGUGCCUUCUAGUUCUAUGCCUCCUCUCUAUGUAGUACUGGGCGGCACCUGUUUAACUCCAGCACAGGACAAAGUAGUGCAGGAGAAAGCCAUGGCCAUCAAGGCUGAAGUGUCCAUUUUUGUGGCAACCAUGAAUGAUAAAAUUGUUGGCUACCACUACGAGCCUGUCAUCCUAGACUUGAGCGAUGCUGCUCAGUAUCUUCCAGACGGGAAACAAUCUCUGACACUCCGUCAGCAGGGCAAGGCGUGGCACACAAACUUGCACAACCGGCUGAUGCUUGCCACCGGAGAAUGGCACCAGUUUGUCCGCGACAACGGCCUGGAGGACAGGGACAUCUGCCUGUUCGAGCCGAUGAAGAAUGAGAGGCUUGCCAUGCUGGUGCACAUCAUUCGCAGCCAGCAGUACUCUUAACUAGUUGCCAUUCUGCUUAUGGACUCAACUAGCUUUUGGCGACCUGGAGAAAAAUUGUUAGUGUGGACUGGUAGGUGACUAAGGGGUUGCCCUACUGUCACUACUGCUAAAAAAAAUAAAGUUAGGUGAUGCUCUGUUAGUGUGAUCAAGUACUUGGAAGUAAACUCCUGCUCAUGAAUAAUCUUGUGCGUUGUAUUGUAUCGCUGGAUCUGUGCAUCUGUGCAGGAGUAAGACGUUUAGUAGAGUUGUCUUGUGUUGAACUA